AUGCCAUUCGGAAAAAGUAUUCUACAGAGGGAAAGCCUGUUACGAGUAAGUGGAGAGGAAAGAUCUCCAGAGAUUCUUAUCUCAUUCCAUUCCAGUGGCUCAACCAGUAACCAAUGGCGAAAACUCAAAAAUCCAUGGUUUCCCGGUAGAACCCUAUUUCGCCCAAGUUGUUUCGGAACCGGAAAAAAGAAGCGGUUUUUCGCACAGCUUGCUCAUAGUGCAGGUCCCACUUGUAUAUCGUAUUUGGCCGAAGAAGCAUCGGACAGGUUGGAGUUCUUACCUUCUUGGGACUCCAUGGACCAAGAUCUGCUUUUAUUAUAUGGGCAAUACCGAUCUACUUUCACUUUAGUAGAUCAUAUGGAUGUAGAAAAAACUUAUCAUUUUGAUGAAUUGGAAACAUCUCUUUUCAAUUUCUAUUUACCUAGUUCAUAUCUUUGUUUCGUGUGUUCCCGGGAGGAAUUAAAUCUCUUAAAUCUCGGGAUACCACCUAAAUAACUGCGGCCAGAGAGUAAAGUAAAAUAGGUCGGGAAGAAAGAGUCUGGGGUCGGGCCGGACGACAUACAUCUUGGUUGGUUCCACAGCAUGCUCCUCGCUGCCCUAUGGAGUAAUACGGGGGGCAAGACUCUCUUAGAGGUAUUAACAACAUCUCUAUAUGGUGACUAUCACCUAACGUCUUUCGCUCAACAGCUCAUCACUGUUACCGUGAGAGAUGACUUGGUCGAAACCCAAGUGCCUUCCUAUGGGAGAACAAGUUAUCUUCCAUGUGGGCGAGGCUUAGUCAAGCACAAGUUUGGGUAUUUGCCACAUGCUCACUCCUUACCACUAAUGGUAUCAUUGCCAGGCGUGGGAGAUCACAUUUAGGGUUGUGUUGCUUUUGUUUGAGUAAUAGAUCUGGUCCCAUCUAGUCUAGAAUAAAUAUCAUAUAGAGAAGAGAUGGACAAAGAAGUCUGUCAAAAGGGGCCGAUGGGUCGCCCUUAAUGCCCAACAAGUCCCAUGCCUUUCUUGGUUGGACCAACCAUAGAUUUCGUUCCAAGUCUUUUUGCAUUUUUAGAGCAAGAAGCGGAACUCUAGAGAUGAAAGUGUUUCAAAUGUCGUUCACAGGUAUUUUCCAUUUUUUUACAAAUUCUCCUUGUGAUGCAGCGGAACCGUGGCAAUUAGGAUCUCAAGACGCAGCAACGCCUAUGAUGCAAGGAAUAAUAGACUUACAUCACGAUAUCUUUUUCUUCCUCAUUCUGAUUUUGGUUUUCGUAUCACGGAUCUUAGUUCGCGCUUUAUGGCAUUUCCACUCUAAAAAAAAUCCAAUCCCGCAAAGGAUUGUUCAUGGAACUACUAUCGAGAUUCUUCGGACCAUAUUUCCUAGUAUCAUCCCGAUGUUCAUUGCUAUACCAUCAUUUGCUCUGUUAUACUCAAUGGACGAGGUAGUAGUAGAUCCAGCCAUGACUAUCAAAGCUAUUGGACAUCAAUGGUAUCGGAGUGCGCCUCUUCACGAGGGUGAUUUAAGUGCAACGAAAUGCCUUAAAGUUGAAUAUGGUUCGCGAAGCAUCUGGCUUACCGGUAAUCUCCCAUUCCCGCCGUCGAGAGACUUUCAUAACUAUAGCAUGCCAGAAACGGGGAGUUGAGGUGGUUAGGCCUAUACCCCGAAAUGCUCCCAGCAUAGGAGCCUAUGGUUCCAUUCUUGUUGUUGCUGGAGGCACACAUCCCUCUUCUCGGUGUGGAGCGAUAUACGAGAAAUAGAUGCUCAGCCUGCAAUGUCCGAUAACGGCGCUGAAGUAGUGAAUCUAUCGGCACCAUAGCAGUGGCAUACAACUUUGGACCUAACGGCCGGCCCAGUAACCUUUCGGAAUGGGGGAUCCCCGUUGGCAACAACCACGGUAGUAGUUGCGGAACUACUGGGCCGGGAGAGGACAACCUCUUGUUCCUGCUCCUCUUUCUUCGCUUCGGGGACGGAGGUCCUACGGUAGGUAACAGCAGGCACAAGCAACUUGACCGAAGGGGACCAGCGCUUCUACUCCUCGGUAGAGGAGCCGUUCGCAGCGAGAAGCAAGGGAUGUCGUGAACUGUGGGAGGUCGCAGAGAAUUGACCUAUUCAUAGAGCGAUCCUAUGAUCGAUACAGGAUAUAGACGAUCUCUUUCUUUAUUCUAUUCUUUUUCUGAAAAAAAAAGAAGGGUAACUCAACUUCUCAGCUAGAGUUGGGGGCGGGACCCGUUGGCAUAAUGCACGCUGGAACGUGGGAAUUCGAGGUCUCAUGAACUACUACUAAAAACCAACUUUUUGUUGAAUUUGUGGACAAACGAUAUCCGGUCAGGCCUAUGGAUGGAUCCUUUUAGAUCUACGGGCCGGCCGUUCACACGAGCAUAGGGAAUCUAUACUCGAGCGUUCAACUGUGCCCCGGACAGGAUAGGUGAGGAAUCACUCUGGAUCUUAUUUAUUGGGGCCUACAGCUUCGCCGAGCCCGACUAGCAUCCCUUUCCCUUUCCACUGCGCAUUUAUCGAACAAAGAAGACGACUAUAGGAUCGAAUUCGCUUUCCGUGGUGAACUGGUCGUCCCAUACCUUCUGCCUGUCUCAUAUGUGUGGAACCAGGUCUUUUUCGGUUCCAGCCUCUCCCUCUCGAAUACAUAGGGUAGGUAGGGCUGGGUGAUAAACGGUUCCCUGUUGCCAAUACAAAUUCCCCGGCCUUCGAUCCCCCUUACUCAUAAAGGGUCUUACGGUCGGGAGAACUACCUAACUAAAGAUAAAUAGUGUUCUUUCUAAGAGUAGGCGUGGAGAGCUUUUUGCGGGGAAACUUGCAAGUACAGUUUGGAGGGAGGCGGGCGUCGACCCAACCUUAUGAGUAUUCGGACUAUAACAGUUCCGAUGAACAGUCACUCACUUUUGACAGUUAUACGAUUCCAGAAGAUGAUCCAGAAUUGGGGCAAUCACGUUUAUUAGAAGUGGACAAUAGAGUGGUUGUACCAGCCAAAACUCAUCUACGUAUUAUUGUAACAUCUGCUGAUGUACCUCAUAGUUGGGCUGUACCUUCCUCAGGUGUAAAAUGUGAUGCUGUACCUGGGCGUUUAAAUCAGAUCUCUAUUUCGGUACAACGAGAAGGAGUUUACUAUGGUCAGUGCAGUGAGAUUUGUGGAACUAAUCAUGCCUUUACGCGUGCGCCCGGAAAGAUAGGCCGACUGCUGAGCCCACUCUGGCUCAGCCGCACCACCCAGGGUGCGAGCCACCCGAGAAGCAAGCUAUUACAGCGAGCGGCUGGAGCAGUAUGGAGCCGAGGAGCAAGGCAGUAGAUAAGAUAGAAGAAGGGGCCAGGCUCCCGGUGGAGCAGAGGAUACGGUUAGGAUAACGAACUUGAAACGCGGAGCCCGAGCGGCCGGCGAGCGAGUGGUUAGUGGCCAAUAGCGCCCUAGUUGAUGGCAUUCCUCUCUGCGGCUGGCACUCGAGGAACCACGGGGCACUCCAUACAGAGCAAACAAGUCUUAGGGAUGAGACGCCCGCGCAAGGGCCUCAAUUCUCAUUAGGAGGUCGAACCAAGGACCUAUGGAAGUCGGGGCUACCCCGUCCCUAUGGGCAACGCAACAGUGUCCUGAGGGAGGAGUUUAGAGGCCUUAUAGUAGCACGGACUUUUUUGCUUUCUAGGUCAUGCGAAGGGGGCCAGUCCAAGAUCGUACUGUUCCUCUACAAAGACAACAGACGCUCUCAACGGCUAGGCGCCACUCUCUUUCUGAGUUCUUCCAGCUUCUUCAUGAUUUCGUGCCGCGGUGAACAAAAAAAAGAGGGCCAUCUCAGCGGAAAGAGAAGGACCUGCAACGGCAGAGACUACUGACCCUCUUCUUGUUCCUAGCCGUCUGUUACGAGUCCGGGAAGCCUCCUCAAUAUGAGGCUCAAAAUAGAGAAGGGCGGGCAGGGCUUUUUUUUAAGCUUGCUGCUCGUUUUCUCGCUUCCGAGAGGCGAAGGGGCCUGACUUACGGUUUCCAAGCCUGGCGCGAAGGGAUUUGAUUUCACCUAUGAUCAGAUCAGUGGUAAACCAUAGUUUACUUUUUUCGUGGUGUUGUUGACGUUGUUGAAAGCGCAUUUUGAAGUAGGCCUCGCUUUUCAGAGCUGCUCCCAGCUCACACUAUGGUGGAGGAGGUGCCGUGAAGAUCUAGGAGUGUGAGCAGUACGAGCUGAAAGGCUCCCAUACUGUUUGGAGGGCAGGGGGCAUAGAUGCCAAACAAACCUGACCCCUCUCUAUCGUCGUAGAAGCUGUUUCUAGGAAAGAUUAUGGUUCUCGGGUAUCCAAUCAAUUAAUCCCACAAACCGGGGAAGCUUAAGCGGAAAUGGAAGAGUAGGGUGAGGGAAAAGGGGGGAAGCAACUAAAUGGAAGGCUUCGCCCGCUCGCUCGAACGCUCGUUUAGUAGACAGCGAGUGGAGUGCAUAAGCCCCUUUAGAAAUAGGGGCGAGUACUACACGCGCUCGUAAGUAAAGUACGGAACGGGCCCUGUCUACGAAGCGGAGCGACCUCGUCUUGCUUGCUUCUGGCGAAGCUUCUAGCACUAGAGAAUAGGCAUUCUAGUAUGGCAGGAAUACUACCUUUUCUUUUAGGUCGACCACUACAUAGAAGCGAUAGCGAAGCCGUAUAAAGGCGAGCAGCCCUUAUAGCAACAGCAAACGGCCUACUUAUAGCCUUUUU